AAACUUCACCAGCAAGUUAAAGUUUUGCUUAGUUAAUUUGUACAGUUGAAGGUGAGAAACGGCUACUUCUGGAGAGCUGUAACCAUGGUGCACGUUGAUGAAGCAGGGAGCGGUUUUGUUGAGGUUCUUCUGUCAAAUUUGGUUUUAACCUGUGUGUUACUUCUGGCCUGCUAUGCUGCUGUCCGCUGGUACGUCAGAGAUUCCUACAGGAUUGGUGGUUUCAGUCAGAAGCAUGUGUUCAUCACCGGCUGUGACAGUGGCUUUGGGAACCUCCUGGCCAGACAGCUGGACCAGAAAGGCUUCAGGGUCACAGCUGGAUGUCUAACAGAGAAAGGUGCUGCAGAUUUGGCAGCAGCGACAAGCCCCAGACUGCAGACCCUCUUGCUGAAUGUUACAGACAGCGCGAGCAUCCGGAGUGCCGUGGAGUUUGUGAGGAGAGAGGUGGGGGAGCGAGGCCUCUGGGGGCUGGUGAAUAAUGCUGGCAGGUCGGUUCCCAUCGGACCGACAGAAUGGAUGCAGCUGGAGGACUUUACAAAGGUGUUGGAUGUAAAUCUGAUCGGGGUUAUUGAUGUAACCCUGCAGUUUCUGCCUCUCCUGAAGAAAGCCAAGGGCAGAGUGGUGAACGUGGCCAGCAUUUUGGGGAGGCUGUCGCUCACUGGUGGAGGAUACUGUCUGUCCAAAUGGGGUGUGGAAGCUUUCUCUGACAGUCUCAGGAGGGACAUGCAGCACUUCGGUAUAAAAGUGAGCAUCAUUGAACCGGGUUUCUUCAAGACCGGUGUGACCAGUGUAGAUCUCAUCAAUGCUGACUUGAAAAGGCUUUGGGCGCGCCUGCCUCAAGAUGUUAAGGACUCAUAUGGUGCCACAUAUUUAGAUGACUAUAUAAAAAUGCAGGGCUUCUCUAUGAACAUCCUGUGCUGUCCGGAUAUCUCCAAGGUUACCUGGUGCAUGGAGCAUGCUCUCACUGCUCAGCGUCCGCGCACACGUUAUGGAGCUGGCUGGGAUGCCAAGUUUUUCUGGAUCCCUCUGUCCUAUCUGCCUUCAUUUGUCUCAGACUUCGUUGUAAAUGUGCUCCUCCCCUCACCUAAAGAUAAAGCAAGCAGCUGAAUGAAAGAUGCACACUGUAAAAAAAAAAACAUGCCCUCAAUGUUUAUUGGCAUUCCCUGCAAGGAUGAAAAUAUCCUGGAAAUGAAUUAUUUUUUAAAAAAAUCUUUGAGCAAUGCACUGCAAUUUUGUGGAUUUUGGAGGAUUUUCCCACCUGAUUUACAGGUUUUAAACUUUUUUCAUCAAUUCUUUGUAAAGGCAAGGUAUAACUGAGCUAUUUUCUCACAGCCACUUGACUUGUACUAGCUGCACCUGAAUGACAUGCUUCCUCUUCUUUUCAAUUUUAAGCAAAGACAAAGAAAUGACAUGUCAUUUCAUGCUUCCCAACGAAGAAAUCCUUGAAAUAGUAGUAUCUCAAAAACCCGGGCUCCACAUCUAAUCAAGAUCGUUGAGACGAAUACUGCCCUCUCCUGGACAAUUAUGGGAACAACAUUGAAAAAUUACCAGAUUUUAAUAAACUCAAACGCAAGUCUUGACUGCAUAACUUGGGAUUUUGUACAGUCUUUCACCUGGUUUAGUGCAAUAAAACCACACUGGAAAGUGUGAUAUUCUUCAGAUAUUCUCAUGACCUGAGACAAUGGACUGGUGUCAGAUCUGCAGAUAUCAACACCCAACAGUAUUGAGCCAGUUUCUUUCAAAUUCUAAAUCAAUUUUCCUCUGGACAGAUGUUUGUUUUUCAGUUGAAUUGUGUAAAUGUCAUGUUAUGAUUAGUUAUCAAUAUAGAGCUAUUACCUUAAACGUAAUGCAACUAUUUUAAGAAGAAAGCUCAUAGUUUUGCAAGAAAGCUGCAAAGAAAAUACAGUAUGUACCAUUUUAAUCCUCAGAGUGCAUUCCUGUAGUUUUGGCUGCUGUGAAGCAACAUUUUUGCCAUCUGCAGGUCAUAUUUAAAAUAUCGUCAAAAACUGUCACUACUGUUCUGAUAAACCAUUCUGGCUGCUUCCAAAAUAAAAGUAAAAAAAUAAAAAUAAAAAAUCUGAGCUUGGUUAAGUUUUUAUUGCUUUAAUUUCCAAAAACCUUCUUGUCUCAAAACCAAAAGCAUACACAAAAAAAAAGAAACUUCCAAGCAGAAUCAUAAUUUUUUCCAUUUCAUAACACUUAGUUGCAUAUCUUCACUCAUUCAGGACCAUAAAAACACCUGUAUGCAGGAGUCAGGAUGACGAAUGGUUUUGAUCUGAAAGUUUUUACUUUGUUUCUCUUUCACACACAUACGCACGCACACACACACAAUCCUUAAAGCUUUCAGUUCCACAUUCCCUCAAAAUGCAGCAACAAUUAUGAACAGACAUCGCCAUGUCCCAACCAGCUGAAUAAUUCCAGGGUUUAAAAAAUACUCAGUUUCCAUAGAAUGAAGAUCAGCAAGUAGAAGAAUUACUUUAUUUAAGACAGCAUUUGUGAUGAUGGCAGCUACCACUGGUAGUAAAAUAAUUUUAUGCUUUCAUCUGUUUCUUCAGCAACAAUGUUGUGCUGGACCAGCUGGGAGCAGAGCUUUUACAGUUAAAGGGUGGUCUGUUUUUAUGAGUAGACAGUGGGACCAUCCUACUCCUUAAAAAGUCCCUGACGUUGCUACAAACCAAUUUGGCACUGACAAUGCAGCUCAAAACUUUCAAGCUCAAAACAAAACCGACAACGCUGAGAGAAGUUUUACCGCCU